AUGGCUGAGGCUUACGUUGAAAACGGCUUGGAAUUCCUCGCACACGCCACAGGAAAACACUUCGACCACAUCUACGACAAGGCGGUGGGAAAGCCCAGAUCUCUGCCCAAAGACGACAAGGAGAAGAUCAGUGACAAGUACGACGGUCCAUUCCACGAGAACAGAUCGCGCCGGAAUUCAGAGUCGUACGCCACACACGAGCGUGGAGGUGUUCGGUCGUCGUCACAAGAAGGUGCUCGGACAUACCGCAUCACUCAGGCCACUCCCGAGCCAGAUCUAGGCCGAGGGAACCUUCUCACCGAGCGAGCCUUGCGAAUUCAGGAGCAGAUCCUACCACCGAAGAAGAACUUGCUACUCGAGAAAGGCCUACCACCGAAGGAGGACUUGCUACUCGUCUACAAAUCAAAGUCGAAGUCGAGAAGAGAUAGUGCGAUGGCGUCAGGCUACAGAGACGAGUACCGAGAGUCGGGAUACCGAGGCGGUGGGGAGAACGAUCGCCCUCGCUCGCAGCCCGCACGAGGCCGGUACUACGACGACGAAGACAGCGACUAUGACGAGCGCAGCGGCGACAGAUACCGCGGAGGCGGUCGCGGGUACGAUGAUCGUGACCGCGGUCGUGACGAAUACGACACAGUGAAAGAGGUGCGGGAGGUGUAUCGUGGUCCGGUAAGUGCGGGACCGCUUGCACUGACUGCUGCCAAUCGUCCGUGGGGACCAGAGCGGAACGAGAGCAUUCGCUCAGACUACAGCGCUGGACCAUAUGGUGCCGGCACCAUGGCACCGUACGCCAGACGGUCCGAGGGAACUCUCCCGGCCACCGAGAUCAGCCGUCGCGACAAAUCUAGAGGUCGUGAUAGCUACCGCUCGUCCCGAUCCCGUUCCAGAUCGUACACCCGCUCCCCUACCCCGRGUCGUUCGCGCUCCAACUCUGGUAUCCGUGGCAAGCUUGAGGAAACAUUCAGCACUCGCCCGCGUGGUCUCGGCGCUGGUCUUGCUGGAGCCGUUAUCGGCGGUCUGGCGGGACGAGAGUUUGGCCAGAAGCACAAGAAUCGAGACAUUGUCAUUGGCGCAAUMGUUGGUGGUCUUGCUGCGAAUGCUGGCGAGAACAAGUGGACAGAGUACAAGGAAGGCAAGGAGCGGACGAUCGUCGAGCGUGAGGACCUCCCAAGAUACGAGAAAUCGUACGAUGGACGGAGAUAA